GUUUUGUAGCGUGUUGCAAUGGUGUUAGGGUUUCCACAGUUCGGUUACAGACUGUAAUGUUGUGUUAACUGAUUACGUACGGACAGAUCACAGUAUACAUCGUAAUGUGCUGAUACUAAUACCAGCUACAAGACUGACUUGUAUUUAAAUAAACACUACUGUAUUUUUGUGAACAUUAAACAGUUCCCAACAACAGCAAUGACUAAGGAAAAUGACUCAGACAUCUUUCAAGAUGAGCGAUUCGCUCAUAUCAAACAGGAUCCCAGGUUUCAAAAAAUGCCGCGGUUGGAGCGUAAAGUCAAAAUUGACAAGCGAUUCCAAGGGAUGUUUCGAGAUCAACGUUUUAAGGAGAAAUAUACAGUUGACAAACGAGGUCGUCCAGUCAAUCUGUCAACUAACGAGGAUUUGAGGAAAUAUUAUGAACUAUCAGAUUCUUCCUCUUCAGAUGAGGAGGAGGAGGGGGAAGAAGAAGAAAGAAAAAAGAAGAUAACAAAAUCAAAGAAAAAAAAACUGGUCAAAGAUACAGCUGCUGCUGUUAAAGAUCAAAAAACUUCAAAAAAUUCACUGAAAGUUGGAAAAAAGAAAGUACCAAAGCAGAGGCUGCAAAUACACUCUAAAGUGAAUCAGAACGAUACACUAUCUGUAAGGGCAAAAACAAAACUUGGAAAGAAACAAAGUUCAGAGGAUGAUGAUUCUAUUGAUCUUGCCAGGGGGAAAGGUAAUAUCGAAACUAGUUCUGAAGACGAUGACGAUUCCAUUGAUCUCGCCCGAGGAAAAGGUAAUAUAGAAACCAGUUCAGAAGACGAUGAUUCUAUUGAUCUUGACCGGGGAAAAGGUAAUAUCGAAACUAGUUCCGAAGACGAUGACGAUUCCAUUGAUCUCGCCCGAGGAAAAGGUAAUAUAGAAACCAGUUCAGAAGAGGAGGAAGAUGAUGAAAGCAGCUCAGAUGAAGAAGGCGGCACCGAUGAGAUCGAAAUUGAGCACAAAUGGGGAGAGUUGGAUGCUGAUGCAGGAUCCACCACGGAGGCUACUUGUAGACUUGCUGUGUGUAACAUGGACUGGGAUCGGAUUAAAGCCAACGAUUUAUUAAUCAUGUUUAAUUCAUUUAAACCAACUGGAGGGAUUAUUAAGUCAGUAAAGAUUUAUCCAUCGGAAUUUGGAAAGGAGAGAAUGAAAGAGGAGGAUUUGAAAGGUCCUAAAGAGUUGGUUGAAAAUGCAAAGAAGUAUUUUGAUGACGAAGAUGAUGAAAAAUACCAAACAGAGCGGCUACGGCACUACCAAAUGCAGAGGUUGAAAUAUUACUACGCCGUGGUGGAGUGCGAUUCCCCUACUACAGCCAAUACAAUAUACGAACAAUGUGAUCGUAUGGAGUAUGAAAGCAGUGCCACACAACUGGACCUCAGAUUUAUUCCUGAAGAUAUGGAAUUUGAGGAUGUGCCUACGUCUGUAUCUUCCGAAAAUGUAGAUAUUGCUACAUUCAAACCCACGUCAUUCAUCUCAUCAGCCUUACAACAGACACAGGUACACUUGACUUGGGAUGAAACGAACAGAGAUCGUCUUGCCUUGACGACAAAGAAGUUUGACAAAGAUGAAGUGAUGAAACUUGAUGUGCAAGAUUAUCUUGCUUCUUCCAGUGAUGAGGAAGGUAACCAAGGUCUGAAGGAGACCACAGAAGAACUUUUCAAGAAGAAAGAUCAAAACGAGGAAAUGACGGCAUGGCAACAGUACCAGAAAAAUAAAAAGGAGAAGAAAAAGGAAAAGAAAAAAGAAGAGGAAGUGAAAAAAAAGCAGAUUAAACAGCAACAAACUGGUUACCUAGUGAUGAUGAGUUGCCGGCUGAUGUUGACCUCAAUGAUGAAUAUUUCAAAGAAGCCCUCAAUGAGGGACGAAAAGACAGUUUCCAAGGAUGCACGGAAGAAGCGGAAGAAGAAAAGAAAAGAGGAGGAACUGACAGCUGAAGAACUUGAAGAGAAGAAACAAAAGGAGGCGGAGCUAGAACUACUGUUGAUGGACGAGGACGACGACAAACAACAUUUCAGCCUAAAAGCCAUCAUAGAUUCAGAAAAGCAAAAGAAGAAGAGGAGGAAGAAGAAAAAAGUUGAGGAUGAGAAGUUGAAAUUUCAAGACAACUUUGAGGUUGAUGCACACGAUCCGAGAUUCUCCGCCAUUUACGAAUCCCAUCAUUACCAGAUUGAUCCAUCUGAUCCGCACUUUAAGAAAACUAAAGCCAUGGAUGUGAUUAUCCAGGAAAAGCAGAGACGUCGUGAGAAAGAGGACAAAUCUACGAAGGUUAGGUUACAAGAAAAGGCUAAGGAGGGAAAUGUAAAAAGUGGAGGUCAAGACAAGAGAGUACUGUCAAUGCUAGUAAAGUCUGUCAAGAACAAAACUGACGAAUUUAAUGCAAGGAAAAGUAAAAAAUUGAAAUUAAAGUGA